CUCAUUCACUCAUACCACCUUGUGAUACACACACACACACACCCCUCUCUCUCUCUCUCUCUACACUUCUCUCUCUACAUAUAUACACACACAUACAUACAAGAAAUAUAUGGAAAUGAGUGAUAAUUCAAGAAAGUUUGGAACCAACACUAGGAUGCUCGGAAGCACCGAGCAAAAUUGGUGCAAGGCUGUGGCUAGUGGCACAGGGAUAACAGUUUUGGCACUACAAGCCUCUAAAAGUGUAAACAUCACACAACUCAAGAGUGCACUACAAGAAAUCCAAAACAACCAUCCAAUCCUCAACUCUAUGCUCUACAAAAACACAUCAACCGGUUCAACUUCCUUCAUCAUCAACCCACCAAUCCCUAACCUCCACCUCAACAUCAUCACACUCCCCACAACCACCCAACUCCUCCACAACCUCAUGAGCCAUGGCUCCAAUGCAAGCCUCUCUCCACUCCACUUGAUUGUUGAGCAUGAGCUCAACAUCAACGAGUGGUCUGGUCAAGCAACCCGCUCGUGCACAACUGGAGGGUUGUAUUUGUGGUUUGCUAACUUGUACGCACUGCCGGAUGAGAAGUGGAUAUUGGUGAUCCGGUUGCACACUGUGGUUUGUGACCGGACCACUGCGGUUUCGUUGUUAAAGGAGUUGAGGGAAGUUAUGGGAGGGGGAGAGGGAGGGGGGUAUAAGGAGGAGGGUAAUAUGGGGUUAGAAGAGCUUAUUCCUGUUGGGAAGGCUAAGAAGACUAUGUGGGAACAUGGGAAGGAUAUGGUCGCAUACUCGGUUAAUUCAUUUAGGUUGAAGAAUUUGAAGUUUAAAGAUGUGAAAGGGCCUUUGCAUUCAGAAGUUGUGAGGUUGAAGAUGAACAUGCAAGAAACUCAGAUGCUAUUAGCUGGUUGCAAGUCCAGAGGAAUCAAACUAUGUGGAGUCCUAGCAGCGGCGACUCUAAUCGCAGUUUAUUCCUCUAAGCGCCGCCCUAACAACCAUCGGAAAAAGUAUGGAGUAGUAUUUUUAAAUGAUUGCCGCUCUUAUCUACAGCCACCUCUGUCUCAACAUCAUGCGGGGUUUUACCAUUCUGCCAUCAACACAACUCAAGAAGUGAAACGAGGAGAAAACCUAUGGGACUUGGCAACAAGAAGUUACACGUCAUUUGCAAGCUUUAAGAACAACAACAAACAUUUCACGGAUAUUGCUGACCUCAACUUCCUCAUGUCCAAGGCUGUAGACAACCCUAGUUUGACACCAAAAUCUUCCUUGCGAACUGCAUUGGUAACCGUGUUCGAAGACCCUGUCAUCGAGAUGUCUGGGGAGAUAAGACAAGCUUUUGCUCUAGAUGACUAUAUUGGAUGUGCCUCGGUUCAUGGAGUAGGCCCAUCCAUCGCCAUAUUCGACACGGUAGUAGAUGGACAAUUGGAUUGUCUUUUUGUUUACCCUUCUCCUCUUCAUUCAAGGGAGCAGAUGCAAGCACUGAUAGCUUGUAUGAAAACUAGCCUUGUUGAUGGUAUCAAAAUGGAGGAAAAUGUUGAGUCUAUGGUUACAUGAUUUGUAACAUAAUUUGGUAUCUUUUCUUGAUUGGUUAGGUCAAAUAAAAUUAAACAAUAUUUAUUGGUUAUUGUAACUUCUUGGACUUGAUAUAUUCGGACACAAACCAAGGUAAAGGAGUUACGAGCCUA